UCCCAUAACACAUUGCGUAGCACCUGUCACACGAUUACGUGCGUUUGCCUUUCUACGUCCGGACAAAUGGCAGCUUCAGGAGCUACUACUGCUGGUGAUGAGGUGCAGGUAUCUAGUGAAUCAGUUCAGUUGCAGUAUAGUGUCAUUCUUGAGCAUCUAGUGGGUGAGCGACGACGGGAGCGACCAUGUGUAGAAUUGCCAAAGGGUCCGCUUGGUGCUAUGGCUGCACCCCAAAAAAGUAAGGAAGAAAAGCUAGUGGAACGAGUGAUGGAAAGCUGUGGAUUUAAAGCAGCACUAGCUUGCGUCGGAGGUUUUGUCCUGGGAGGAGCAUUUGGUGUUUUUACAGCUGGUAUCGAUACUAAUGUGGGCUUUGACCCCAAAGAUCCCUACAGAACCCCAACUGCAAAAGAAGUCCUGAAAGACAUGGGACAAAGGGGCAUGUCUUAUGCAAAGAACUUUGCUAUUGUGGGAGCAAUAUUUUCAUGUACAGAGUGCCUGGUUGAGUCUUCUCCUUUUAAGGACUGCAUCCCUCUGGAGAAGGAAUUUAAGGUUUUUAAGACUUUAAAUGUUUUAUAA